UGCACGAGCGCUCACUUUCGCUGGAACUUCCACGCUCGCACUUCUACACACGCAAGUGCACGCGCGUGCAAGCGCAGGAGCGACGGUGACUCGUGCACAGCACAGCAAACGCUACCGGCGCGACGACGGUUUUUCAUCUUGUCAGUCAGCCUUCCUGCUCUCACGAGAGCGGGUCGAUCGGCCUCCUUUUCCGCAUUUUUCGCGGCGAUCCUUGUCUACUUGGAGCUGUCACGCGCGCGAACGAUGAAGUGCCGUGCCGCGACGAGCCGAGCCCCGACGAUGAUGCGCAUCGCCCUCGUCGUCGGGGUGGCGAUGGUGCACGCGUCGCCGGCCGAGCCCUUGCCCUCCAGCUUGCUAGGCGGAAUCGGUAAUGUCGCGAAUACCGCAACUAAUUUCCUAACGGGAGUCGUGCAACGGCAAAAAGAACUAUUGCAUCGCGUUACGGACACUGCCGCGGAUUACAUAACCAGCGCGGUGGAGAAGCCGAGAAACUUAUUGAUCAACGCCACCAGAGUGACGACCGGAUACAUCGACAGUGCAGCUUCGAGGAGCCUCGAGUUCAAGCUGAGAAGAUUCCUGGAGAAAUUCCGCACUCGGAUGCGCAAUGGCAUCCCGGAGCUGGGUAUUCCUCCGCUGGAGCCGUUCACGCUCGACGAGAUCGACAUCGACACCGAUAAUCCGGAAAUCGGAAAAGUGUCCCUAGUUAUCGAGGAUCUGGAAAUGAGGAAUCUAUCGACUUUCCUGAUCGAUCGUGCCAAGUUGUCGCUAAUCGGCCCUACCAUCACCAUCAACAUUUCCAUUCCUGAGAUCUAUGCAUCGGGUCAUUACAACAUUUCCGGAAUACUGGGCGAUACGUAUCCGCUACGUGGCGCGGGUUCUUUUCAGACAACCGUCCGCGGCUUCCGCGUUUAUGUGAACACAGUGCUGGGCUACGCCAGAGGAAUGUACAUGAAGAGAUUCGACCUCGACUUCUCGUUACGUGCCAUCAAGAUACACUUGGAGAACUUUAUGGGCGGCGAGGAGAUCGGACAAAUUAUGAGCAAGGUUUUCGAGGAUUUAACACCGGAGGCAUUGGACAUUAUUAAACCGGACAUAUUGCCGCCAAUUCAGGAUUAUGUAGCGAGCCACGUGAACGAGACGAUUCAUCAUUUGACAAUGAGAGAUCUGUUUCACGUUCUCCUGGGGGAGUAUGAAUUCGGCGAUAUCACGCAUUUAUUGAUACCCUGAAAUGAAUAUCGAAAACCGUAAUUGAGAUGCAUCGACGAAUUAUCGAGUCGCGCGCUAACGUGUCCAACAAGACCCGAAUGCCUUCGUCCGAGGUGCAAGAGACAAUUGCAGCCAAAGUACAAUGUACAUUAAAUGUUGCAUUCGAGUGAACAACAAACCGCAACGAGUCGAGGUGACUUUAAAGUAUCAGCUUUGUAUUACGUAAUACGCUGUUGACCGCUCGAAGGUCUUUGACUAUCUUGCCUGACGCUCAUCUUCGACGACCCAUUGUCUUGCCGAGGAAGAAUUAUUUUAUUCGCGAUGGUGCAAGGUUACCGAAUUCCUUUCGUUCGUUUUUCUCAAACCGUAUGUUAAAUCAACUAUUUCUGAAAAUCCGAGAAAUAGUCGAUUCGCUCAAACGGAUCGAAGACCUGCUCACUUAAACGCGUUAGAUACGUACGGCUUGUUAGAGAAAAACCCGUUAAGAACUAGUUUCGCAGUCCGAGUUCGCUGUAUAAUUCGUGUGUUUACGUGUUAUAUGAUUCAACUAUAAGGCAGCUCAUCUCGUUAGCAUCCGUUUGGAAACCUGACGUAAUUCCGUGCGAAGACACCGUGAGGUUUCUCGUCGCCCGCCGCUGCGAGUGCAUCGGUGAAAGAGAUAUGUUUAAUUCAUCGAAUCGCAUCGGUGAGUCUCUCGGCGCAUCUCUAAUCCGCUGAUAAAAGGCGAGCGAAAGUAUUACGACCUUGAGUGACGAUGGCGUCAAAUCUUCAUCUCUUGCGAAAUCGACGCCAGCCAUUCAUCCAUCUAGACAGUCAGUGAUCAAUGAUGAACGAGGCGAUACGCGAGAGGUGGUUUUACAGCGAAUGAAAACGAUCAGCAAAAUGGCUCGGCAUUCUUUUUUUACUGAAACUGUUGUACAGGGUAAGGCACUCAAACCUUUUAACGUGUGCCAUACAUCGCGCAUCAAUUUUCAUCGUCGUAUAAAAAAAUAAAUUUGGCGAGCGAACUUUAAAAGUCAGAUAAGCCAAAAUAAAAAAGCCAUUCAGAGAACUUGCGCUUAAUUGUUAUUUAUUCCUUUUUGCAUAGAUAACGUAAUAAAAGGUUAUUAAUGAGGUACAUAAAAAUUCUUAAAACGAUUAAAAUGACAACUAAAAGAAUUCUUGACCACUAUCAUAAAUAUUUCAAAUACGGGAUAUAAUUGUUUUGGAUUUUGUCAUUGUUUUAUAAAGACAUUUAAUUACAUGAAAUUUGGAAGCGCCAUGUAUGACUGUAAAUAUUAUUUCCCGCCUUUCAACAAUGACCAGAGAGAAAGGUUAUAAUAUAAUUUAAUUAUUGUAAAUUGCAUGGAAAGAAUAUUUUUUAUAAAUUUAUACGUUAUUUAUGUAGAAAAAUUUUAAAUAGACAUUACGCAAAUAUAUUUAAGCCGUUAAAAUAUUAACAUUUUUUUUUAAUUAUUUCAAUUAUCAAAAAUAUCAAUAACUUGCAAUUAGAACAUGCGAGCUAUUUCCAACUUUUGGAUUUCCGUAAAGUACAACGUAUAAACGACAUGUACAAAACGUAACCUGGCAUGCAGUUUACCGGAACAUCGUAUACUAUUAAGUUAAUUAUUACACCCUAUGUAAUUAUGCUAAACGCAGUAUGCGCCAUAAAUGUCGGUUAGUAUUAUAAUUAGUUGGAGAGCAAUGUGUGUGAUAGCAGAAUUAAUGUUGAUAUUUUGUUAACUAUUAUAAGAUAAUCUAGUGACAAUCUGCACUGUAAAUGAAAUCGCAUCGUUUAUUGAUUAAGCUUACUGCAAUUUAUAACAAUCACAUGAGAUUUAUUAAAUAUUUUUUGAUGUUACAA